AUGGAGAGAUACACUGUGAAUCGUCUAUCUAAGCGGAGUAAUAGCGAUGGACUGUUGUCGAAGUGGAAAAGGAAGUACGUGGGUGGUUUCCUGAGCAAGCGUAGUUGGUUCACGAGUGGAUAUGAUUUGAAUAAUGCCAGUUACGUGAUCAACAGACGGUAUUCGAAGGACAAGAUGUCGCCGGUGUGCCACAACUUCGUGCAAAACGCGUGGAAGAAGGACUUCUGCUCAAACUGCUUCAAGUCGCGCGAGGAACACGUCAAGCAGGAGCGCACCACAGAGGGCAGCAAGUACCUCGCGACGCCUUUCCAAAACAGAAGCACCUUCUUCAAAAAGACACCACCGAGCAUACUCAAAAUACAUCCAAAGAAAAAGAACAAACGUAGUGUCAGUUUUCCCGAGGAAGUGUGCAGUGUUAUAGGUUUUGGGGGUGACGACUGGUCAGACGAAGAAGAAUUCGAAGUGUCUGAAGACAACGAUGAAGACGACACUUUCCCUGAUACAGAAGAAGAGAGGGAAUUGCACAGAAUAACAAAAUCUAACACCGAUUUUAAUACAGUUAAGGCUAAUUUGUUGGGAGACUCUAUGGGUAAGUCUUACACAUCGCUGCUGCUAGGUAAGAUGCAAACGGACUCCGAUGGAAAAAAGAAAACUUUGCUGGUUUCUGUAACACCCUUCGGACAAGAGAACAAACCGGCAAAUAUAAAGUCGCAUGUUCGUAAACCCGCCGUUAUACACGUAUCGGAGGCGACCGCUGAAGAUACUACCAGUAGUUAUAAAACUAAUAUAAUAUUAUCUACAUAUGUAAAGGAUUCAGAAACUAUUAUUACAUCCGAAGGAGUAGAUACUUCGGGAACUUUAUGUACAGAAAAGUCUUUGCUCGAAGAGAUAUCAGAGACAUUGGAACAAAAUCGAAUGUCAGUUAGUGGAGACCUUCACCUGUCACAAAAAGACAAAAACAAACCAACGGUGAUCGAGGAAAAGGUUAAGGAGAGCAUGCAAGACGAGCCAGAUAAAAAAGAGAUGGCUGAAAUGAAAAAAAACGGGAUAGUGAGGCAACCGCCAUUAAUCAAAACUAAAGAACGGCCCAAGGUGAAUCUAAGUAGGUCGGAAUUCAAAUUUUGUAAGAUAAAUAUUGAGAGCAGCAGUGUUGACUCAGCCGUUAGCACGCUCAACUCUACUGCUAAUAAUUCACUCGCGUCCGACGACGAAAGUUUCAGUGGACGGACCGACUCGGACAACGACGACAGCGGACACUUCUCAGAAAGUCAUAAAUGCGAAGAAACCGUUAAGAUUAAGGUGUUCAGCGAAGGCGACAAAAACAUCAAAAUCUCUCCCAUCGGACAACUUAGAAAAGUUGAUGGGCAGGCCAGCAGCGGCUAUUCAACAUUCCAAAGUCCGAUUAUGGAUAUGCCUCCGAUAAUACCAAAACAGUCCGAUAACAUGUUCUCAGCAGAGGCCAGUAGAGAGCUGGCGGGCGAACCGGACGGCCGGGCCGAUCCGGACGAGGCGAGCGAAGCGCCGGCGCUCCCUAAAAGCCCAAUACCCACGCUAGACCCGCGGCCAUCGUUUCUGCACGGAAUGAUAUCGGACGUACUGCCUGCUCACAAACCCGUCCUACCGGAAAAACCCAAAUUACCAGUCAAACCACUCAUAAAAUCGUCCACGAAAAAAACCUCUAUAACAACGCACCAAACGCAAAUAAUGCAUAUACAUUCGAAAAGAGAUGACGAUGAAAAAAUAAUGAAAAUGAUGAGUGAGGAAAAAAACAACGAAAUAAGUGAAGUGCACGAAGAGAAAUCCGAAACGGUGUAUUACGCACAACCGGUUCUGACUAAACAAGACAGCGACACGUCUUUAAGCAGCCUAAAUAAGCGUAAAGCGCCGACGCCGCCAUCGUCACCGACGGUCGAAGAAUACCCAAACUUGUACCAAAGAAAUUCUAGUGGAUCGUCGAAAUCAGACUCGCCAGUUGUCAGAGAAAUGGAGAAACGUGAGAGAGCCACUACAUCUACGUCGCGAUCAAAAACUAUGGAAGAGAUGGAAAUUAAAAAAGUCGAUGUCACUCCAGAACCGGCACCUCGACGUAACAUCUCAUUAUCACACGACAACUUGCUUUUAGACGACAAAAGGAAAGGCAAGCUAAAAUUUUCCAUCAAAAAACUCCUUCGAAUAGGGUCGUCUAAGGAUUUAGACAAGAAAGAGCUGAGCGUUGCGACGGUGACUAAAGUCACGAGUAAGCCUGAAGAAAUCUACGACCUAACUCCAAAACCGAAACCCAGGUUGGUGAUCAUUCAUCCACUGGAUAUUAACGGGUCGAAUGUGGAAGUUGUGAAGUCGAACUGCGAGAUACCAGACCUUCGGAGACUGAGCCAUGAUGAUAUAUCGUCGAUAUACAGCGUGAGUAGUUCUGCUACCGAGCCCGAAACGCCUAAAAUUCUGAACAAGCCUCCUCCCCCACCAAGACACAAUGAGGAAUGCAAAGCCACGUCCCAUCCACCGAAACCUGCGCGUCCACCACCGCCGAAAUCCGCAGCUCUUCAAAAAAAGCAAAAACAGCAAGCAUGGACUCCAGCGCCGAGCAAAACGGACAACAUUUACGCCAAUUUGGGUGAAAUUAGAUCAGCCCUCGCGCCAAGAAAACCGGAGCGGACAGCCAGCAUGCGAGAAAGAGAGGCACAUUUGGAACUACCAAAAAGAAGAACACAGAUAGACGACGACAAAGACGAAAUCGACGAUGGACCUCAAGAACUAGUGCAAGCCACAAACGAACCCGUCAUACAUAACUAUGACGACGUGUAUAACAACUCCAAGUAUGAAGAAGAAAACUGUGAUUCAGCCAAAAACAGUGACAGCGACUACGAGUAUGUCCAUCACGCGAGAUCCAGCUCGCCUGAAUGCGACGCAGCCAUCAAGCCCAGAGAAGCAACCGCCGAAAGAAACGACAACAGAAAAAGUGAAAUCGAAAGUAGUGUAGAAUAUCCAAAAUACAACGGAUUCAGAUCCUCCCUGCCUUACUGUGGAAGCGAGACAGAGUCAGAAAUUUAUUCUCCGUACAGUUUCUACAGUUCAACAGACAAUAUGGACAGUUCCAAUAAUGAAGAUUACCAGAGUGACAUGACACCAAAAACUACGACGAACAAACUACGAGUAAGGAAAGGCCGCAGUGUUGUGCACAGGAAUUUAGAAGAUAAUUACGGCGCGGUGGUAAUAGCAAAUCACGAAGCGCUCGCGCAAGUUUUAGAGCAGGUCCAGCAAAGUGCAGCAAUGCAGCCAUCAUUACGAGGACUUAAAGCCUGCACUAAUCUCCGAUGGAACGACUUCUCGAUCCAAUCCCCCAAGGGUUUCGUGAAAGCUGGCAAGCGUAUCUUCUACCCAGCGGUGUGGAACUCUAGCCAGGGUCCAGUGAACGUGACGCUCAUGCUGCAUAAGGAGCAGAUGGCCUCACAAAUCGUGUGCCAGCAAUCAGUACAGCAGACGUUGAGUUUGAACGCUGUGACGGAGUUUUGUGACCUGGUCCCGCGGCAGCAGUUCGGAGAAGAUGGGGAGGAUUUGGUUCAAGCCACAAUAGUAGUUUUGGCACAUGCGCAAGUAGACACAAUCCAAUCAUACGGCGAAAGCCUCCACGCAGCCGAAGGUCUUACCACGAACUACCAAUUAGUGCAAACAGAGCAGAUCCACGAGGCGAUAUUCAUGAUGCUGCAACUCAUCAACGGACUGAAGUGUCUCCAGGCGCGGGGCGUGGAGGAGAUCUCGGAGUCGCUGACGUCAUUCGUGACGUUACGGGAGAACAAUGGGAACAGUCAGCCUUCGUCCGAUGAUAGGCUGAGUUCGCUGUCAGCCCCGAAGACUAAUUGUUACGGAAGAUUGUGUAUAUUACAAGGCUUAAGCGAAGAAAUAAACUGCAGUAAAUCAGACGACGAGCAUGUCAAUUCCCUGUGCAAGUGCGCCAUCCGUGCGUUAGAGAUCCUUCUGCCAGGGGAGAAGUUAAAUCCCCUGCUCAAAGAGAUCCUGCAGGAGGAACGCGCCGUAUCCCUCAACCAGGCUAAAUCAGUCCUGGAGUUCAUGCUGUGGGGACCUCUGGAUGUGGUCCAAGGAGUGCCUGUGAAUGACAGGGAAUUAUCUCUGCAAAGGUGGUUGGACUUGGAGCGUGCGACGGUCCUGCACGGGCUGGUGCGGACUCGAGUGCAGCUCAACGCGUUCGAGCAGCUGCACCUCAUGUUCCUCGUGCGCUCGUCGGCGCGCGCCAUGUGCGACGCCUCCGUCCUGCUGGAGCGCGCCGGCGUCUACUGAUCCGUCUCAGGCUUUACUCGAACCACAGUCCGGUGUACACUUAUUUAUUGUCAGUACGCCAUAGUGUCUUUAAAUCGAUUUGAAAUUAGUUUUUGUAAAUGUAAAAAAAAAAAAUUGUGUACCGUACAUCCGGAUGGUCUGUAAUUUUAAGUUUACCUUAAUUAGGCACAUAAAGACUUGUUACUGUAGAAAUUUUGUUAAAAAUGUAUUUAAAUGCCUAUUUUGUAUGAUCCAAAUCAUGUUAUUGAAGAGUUUCAAAUAUUUUUAUCGUUGUUGGAAAAGUGUAAGUUUUUUUAUUUAAUUCCAAUUUGGACGCGGAAUUUUACAUAUAUAUCCAAUAUGGUAGCCAGUGUGAAAAUAUAGAUGUUAAACAAACUUAAUUAAAUGUAUUUAUAACAUAAGGACAAUUAUUUUGGACAAAUUUGAUGCAUAUUAAAAUAACAUAAGUAAUCAAAUAUGAGAUAUUUAAACUUUGUUGUCGAAUUUUUAUUUGUCGUCAUCUAUAGAAAUAUAUGCAAUACUUGUCUAUAUUUAUUAUCACUUGUGUUCACAGUUCGAUAUAUGGACGUAAAGAAUAUUCUAGAACAAGAAAAAUAAUUUUAUUGAAGGACCUACAAUCUUAAUCGAGAUUUUAAGAAUAUAUGUUUUUCUUAUUGAUCUGUCCAUUAAAUUAAAUUCUAAUUAUUUUACAUAAAUUGAUUUUCAAAAAUAGAACAGUUUUUUGUUUCUAUUAUUAGGCAAAGGAAUCGAAAUCAAUCAGCCUGUUGUUCAUUAAAGGUCCUUCACGUUGUGCCAACAAAAUAGAACUGAAUUUAAUAUACUCAAGCUCCGGUGCCUUAUCCAUUGUAUAAUACGUAGUCUGUACAUUGUAACUUGUAAUUUAUAUUUUCUUACGAACUCUCGCGAGUGUACCGAGUUAAUCAAUUACUUUGUAAGUAAAUUGUCGAAUGCAGAAAUAAACAUAUUUCUUAUUAA